AUGGCGAGCCUCAAGCAUGCGCUGGGGUCCGACCCGCUCCAGUCCAACAUCUCAAGCAAGGUCUAUGUCCGGUCCACUAGAAGCGGCAAGGUGCAGAAGAUUGUGCGCGAGGUCUACCUACGGCAGGACAUCCCUUGCUCCUCAAGGCUAUGCAGCACAUGCCUGAACAAUGCCCCCAGAGAUGCGGCAGGAAAUCGUGAGUUGCAUCUGUCUCAAAAAAAGGAAAUGUCGCCAAGGCAGCGCGAACUAACCAAGUCACUUGCUCAAGUGGCCCCGUUUGUCUUGUCAGAAAAGCCUGCGGCAACCAAGCAGUUCCCACAGGGGCACUACCUGGUCCCGGACACCAACGCUUUCCUGAGCGCCAUGGACUUGUUUGAGCACGCGUCUGCUUUCUACGAUGUGAUCGUGCUGCAGGUCGUUCUGGAGGAGGUCCGCAACCGGUCUCUGCCUUUGUACAACCGUCUCGUCGGGCUCGUCAAGAGUGACGACAAGCGGUUCUACGUCUUCUUCAACGACUUCCGUCUCGAGACCUACGUCACGCGAGAACCCCAGGAGUCAGUGAACGAUCGGAAUGACCGCUCCGUACGGCAAGCCGUCAAGUGGUAUGGCGAGCACCUGACCUCCGCCGUCAAGGGAAAGAAGUGUCCAGCGGUGGUGAUGCUCAGCAAUGACAGAGACAACCUCAAGAAGGCACGGGCCGACGGUCUUGCGGCUUGCUCUCUGAGGGAGUAUGUUGAGAGUCUUCCAGACGGCGAGAGCCUCGUGGAUAUGAUUCCCGAAGCACAGGACCGCGAGAUCACACGGGAGAGGAAGCCUGGCGAUCACCUAUAUGCUGAGUAUCUCACCAUGUCCAAGAUGAUGACGGGUGUGAAGAGCGGCUUGCUGCACCAAGGCAUUUUCAAUGUCUCUCCAUACAACUACUUGGAAGGCUCCAUCAGAGUCCCUGCCUUCCCCAAGGCUCUCCUGAUUCUGGGACGGGAGAACAUCAACCGUGCAGUGGAUGGCGAUGUGGUGGUAGUGGAAGUCCUACCCAAGGACCAGUGGAAGGAGCCUUCCACCCAGAUCAUUGAAGAGGAGACUAUUACGAAGAACGAGAACGCUGACGCUGAUGGCGAUGAGGCGGAAGACAUCAUUUCAGAGAAGGAGCGCAAGGCCCUGCAGGAGGAGGUCAAGCGCACCCACUCCAAGAGCACCGAGGGUCAUGCGCAACCGACAGCAAAGGUUGUGGGCAUCAUUAAGAGGAAUUGGCGGCAAUAUGUUGGCCACAUUGACCAAUCCUCCGUCAGCAAAUCCGCCAACCAGGGACGAAAACAAGAGACUGUCUUCUUGAUACCGAUGGACAAGAAGAUCCCCAAGAUACGACUUCGCACGAGGCAGAUAGGAGAACUCCUUGGCAAGCGCAUUCUUGUCACGAUGGAUGCGUGGGAUCGGGAUUCGAGGCAUCCGGUGGGGCACUUUGUCCGCUCCCUGGGUGAGAUGGAGAGCAAGGCUGCUGAGACCGAGGCUCUCCUUCUCGAGUAUGACGUGCAGUAUCGACCGUUCCCCAAGACCGUCCUGGACUGUCUCCCUAAGGAGGGACACGACUGGAGGGUACCUGCCAGCACCGACGAUCCGGGCUGGCGGGACCGCCAAGAUCUUCGAGAUCUUCUCAUCUGCAGUAUCGACCCUAUCGGUUGCCAGGAUAUCGACGAUGCGCUCCAUGCUCGCUCCCUACCCAACGGCAACUUUGAAGUCGGUGUCCACAUUGCGGAUGUCUCGCACUUUGUCAAGCCGAACAAUGCCAUGGACACGGAAGCUAGCGUCCGCGGUACGAGUGUGUACCUCGUCGACAAGCGUAUCGACAUGCUUCCGAUGUUGCUGGGUACCGACCUCUGCUCACUGAAACCCUAUGUCGAGCGGUACGCAUUCUCAGUGAUCUGGGAGAUGACACCUGCGGCGGACAUUGUCGAUGUGCGCUUCACAAAGUCGGUCAUCAAGUCAAGAGAGGCAUUCAGCUACGAACAAGCGCAGCUGCGUGUCGACGACGUAUCGCAGCAGGAUGAUCUCACCAAGGGCAUUCGGACGCUGAUGAUGCUGUCCAAGGUGCUCAAGCAAAAGCGUAUGGACGCUGGUGCUCUGAGCCUGUCCUCCCCCGAGGUCAAGGUGCAGAUGGAGUCUGAGACCUCGGACCCGAUCGACAUCAAGACCAAGGUCCACCUGGACACUAUGUCGCUCGUCGAGGAGUUCAUGCUGCUCGCCAACAUCUCGGUGGCUGGCAAGAUCUACUCGGCCUUCCCGCAGACGGCGAUCCUGCGGCGCCACGGCGCGCCGCCCAAGACCAACUUUGACGAGCUGGCGAACCAGCUCAAGGUCAAGAAGGGCAUGGAGCUGCGCGUCGACUCGUCGCGCGCGCUGGCCGACAGCCUCGACACGUGCGUCGACCCGGCGGAGCCCUUCUUCAACACGCUCGUGCGCAUCAUGGCGACGCGCUGCAUGAUGUCGGCCGAGUACUUCUCGGCCGGCACGCAGGCCUACCCGGAGUUCCGCCACUACGGCCUCGCCUCGGAGAUCUACACGCACUUCACCUCGCCCAUCCGGCGCUACGCCGACCUCGUCGCCCACCGCCAGCUCGCGGCCGCCAUCGGCUACGAGGCCAUGCACCCCUCGGUGCGCUCGCGCGGCAAGCUCGAGGCCGUCUGCCGCAACAUCAACGUGCGCCACCGCAACGCGCAGCUGGCCGGCCGGGCGAGCAUCGCGUACUACGUCGGGCAGGCGCUGCGCGGCAAGGUCGCCGAGGAGGAGGCGUUCGUCAUGAAGAUCUUUGGCAACGGGUUCGUCGUGCUGGUGCCGCGCUUCGGCAUCGAGGGCGUCAUCCGGCUGCGCGACAUGGCGGGCGCCGGCGAGCCCGAGCCGGCGGCCAGCUUCGACGCCGAGGCGUACACGCUCCGGAUCUCCGCCCUGGGUGGUGGUGGUGGUAGCAAGAAGGAGGUUACGGUGGAGCUGUUCCAGAAGGUGCGGGUUAAGAUCUCGGACGAAAAGGACGAGGCUACGGGCAAGAGGGGGGUCAAGAUGGAGCUUGUUGUUUAA